CACUUCCUGUUUUUCAUUGUGGGUCCGCAUUCCAAGUAUGGACGGCCACAGCCCCUCCAGGCGCCUUCACGGAUUCUCGACGAACCGUCCGCCACCCUUGCCAGCUUUCCCCGAGUCUCCUCAGGCCCGUCGCAGCAGAGAUGGAUCAGGCUCUGAAUCCGAGUCGUCGAGCGAUGCGAGCGGUGGUGGGCCCCCACCUCGUGGACACCAGGCGCAUCCGGACUACGCCACACGACGCCCACAAUUCGCGAGCCAGACUCAGGGCUUUCGUGAUCGCAGACGACCCAGUCAUCUUCAUGCAACGAUCUACGUCGACGACCCUCCGUAUGUCCCGAGGGAGGCCCCUCCGCGCCCGCCGAGCUUGCGCUACGCGCCCAUAGGCGGCCACGAGCAAGUUCAACAUGCACCUGUCGACUACCGUGGCCGUGCUCUGCCACUGCCCUCACACACGCCGUCGACGCAGUAUUCCGGCAGACGAAGCAGCAGCGGCAGUCCCAGCGGCUCCGAGCGCAGCCAACGGAGCCAGGAGAGCGACGACAGCGGCAAUGGGAGCGAGCGGAGCGACGAGAGCGACGAGAGCAGUCGGGAACGUCCUCGUGCAGUGCAGCAGGUGUCGAUGGCAGGCGUGUUCCACAUGCACGAGCCGCUGAACGCGCCCCUGCCUUUCAACCCGGAGCGGUACCCAGCGUACGACGCGCAGGCGCGGCGGAUUGGCUUGGACAUGUGAGGUACGAGAGCGCGCCGCACGAUCCCUCUGGCAGACUACUAUCGCCCGAGGACGCACACCUAUCCUCGAGCCCGCGAGCCGCAGAGCCCGCCCUAUGUUCCCAGGGCGCAGGAUCCGCCGGUGCGCUUGCCCGACCCCC